GGGAUAUCAUCCGUUGGAGCGGCUUUUCGCCUCUGCUUCGCCUCUGAGGGAAGCGUUCUUUUCGGACAGUUGCAGACCGGUCAAAGGUGGGCAGGUCCUUUGGAUACAUGACUGGAGAGAUUUAGGUUAUGUCCCUUCAAGAUCAAACCAUCUCCAGCACUAUGGACAAAGGCAACUCCUUUGCAAAGAGGCCCAAAGAGGUUACCCAGAAAUCAGAGGAGAAAUGCAAGGAAUUCGAAGCUAUUUCCAAGUUCUUCUCUAAGGAAGAGUGGGCAAAACUUGGAUACUCAGAUAAAAUCACCUAUGUGUACAUGAAGAGAAACUAUGACAUCAUGAAUGGUCUAGGUUUCAAGACCACCCUCCCAGCCUUCAUGUGUCCUAAAAAAUGUGCCACAAAGUCCAGUGGGCAUGAUUCUGAUGAAGACCAGGACUCCGGGAAUGAGAAUGAACCUCUUCAGGAGGAUUCUGAUGUGCAACAGAGAAAACACCUGAAGGUGAUGCACAAGAAACCAAAGGAAAAAGAUGAUUCAGACCCAGUGCCAGUAACACUUGUCUCUAAGCAGGUUCAGGAACAGCAGCACUGCCCAGGAAAAGCGAGUGCCCCUGGUAAAAAGAGUAAGAAGAAACCAGGAUCCAAGAAAGGGAAGAAUAUUUGGGCCAAUAGACUGCGCCAAAGAAAGAACCUGAUAGCAUAUGAAGAAAUCAGUGAUCCCGAGGAAGAUGACUAAUCCUGGAUGUACAAGUGCCCAUGAUAAGAAGCAGAACCUGGUGGCCUUUCAUGAACAUGGGCAUGGCUGUGAAUUCCUAGCCAUCAGGUGUAUAGCAAGCAAAAGAAAGAGUUCACAAUAGUGAAAAGUUAAGCAUGAUUUUUGUUACUGUGUGCCAAAUGUUCUGUUAGAUAUAAGAGUUUUGUUGAUGAGUAAAACAUAUACCUAAUACAUAUUUCUUUCUGUGUAUCCAUGCACUUAUCUUAGAAAAUAAGUAUUGUAUUGUCAGGUAAUUCUCUGCAUAGAAGAGCACUACCCUCCUCCCCAGAUGUGCAGAUGUGACUGCUGAGGGCAGUUUUGGGUGUUUGAUUUCACAUGUUUUCCUCUGCAUUUACACACACACACAUACGGUACUACUAUAAGCAUUUCCCACGUGCUUUUUCCCCACUACCAGCGUGUCCUGGACAAGUACCAUUCAUUUUGUUCCUGUUCAGCAGGUGCUCCAUGUUGUAAAUCCACAUUAUUAAUCUAUGUUGUAUUAGUCAUUGACAGUUAAUAAACAUGUACAAGCUUUU